GUUUGUCUUUGGUUGUUUUGCCAAUGUCCAUACUAGGUAAUGGCACAUAUUCUCCAACCCUGGGCUCCCCCACCAAGGCUCAGGGAAAGAAUGGCUAGACGUGCCCCUCUUAAUAAGCACAGCGUGCCUCCAAACGGCAAAACCUCAGCUAGUCCUUUCUGAGUGUUUUUUCGUCCUAUGUAAAUCCAUCAAAUGAAUCCUUUUUCCUUUGCCUCUCGGGAGCAUUCACAGUACACACUGAUGUGUAUUAUCAUCGGACUGCAAGCCCCUUGAGAGCAAGGACCAGGCCAGCAUUUUCAUUGUCUACAGCCCGUGUGACCACAGAUGCGUGUAGGUGCUUGAUAACCCUAGACGCACGUUGACUAGAGACCGCACACAGCCCGCAGGGCUUCCCUUCACCUCUCCCCAUCCCCGCAGCGCCACUGGCUCGGUCAGGGUGGGGUGGCGAGGAGGGCGUCUGCCCACGGGCCUCGCCCGCCUUCCCCUGCUGGCGCCCUGUGCUCUGUGUCCCAGGCCCAGCCUUGCCAUUUUACUUUUUCUUCUGUGAGGCACAGGGAACGCGUUAGUCAUAUGACAAAAGCAAGAUGGGUUGAGUUUUAGGAUAGUUUACUUAAAAGAAAAUAGUCUGGAAAGGAAAAGUCCAAAGAGUUGAGUGUGGAGAGGACCUGGCAAAGCAGGGGAUCUGGGAAGAGUUAGAGGGAACGAGAACGAGAAGGAAACCCAGUUUGGAAAUAUAUAUUCUGACAUCAGCUUUUCAGUCCCGUGUGCCACUGACUUUAGAUAAAUUAGGAAGGGUUGCAGUACAUCAAAGUGACUAAAAAAAAGAGCACAGGUUUUAGGAUCAGAUACGGAUUUCAUCCUAGUGUGUGAACUUGAAUAAAUUAUUUAACCUCUCUGAAUCUCGAUUUUCCCACAAUAUAAGGUGAAGAAAAUAUACUCAGCUUAGGAGAAUUAAAUGAGACAACAUAAAGUGAAUCAACACAGGGCUUAACAUAUUUGUCGUCCCUUCGGUAAAUAACUGUGGCUGUUACUAGAGCUCCUAACUAGGGAAGGGGCAAGUGGGGAGCAGAACUUCCGGUGGGGAUCCCCGAGCCAGCCAGGCUUGAGACGUGAUCUUGGACAAGUCAUUUCCCUCAGCUGUGAGACAGUGCAGGGAUGCACCACAAGGACGUGGCCGGAUGGCUGAUAAGCAAUUGGGAAGUGACUUAGGAGGAAAGCUGGCUGGAUGCCUGCUGUCAUCUCCCCGCUUGCUCUGUGAUGUUCCAGGCCCAGGAAGACAGCAGCAUGUCUCUGAGCAGCGCCUUCAGGGCUGUGGGCAAUGACCCCGGGAUCAUCACCUGGAGAAUAGAGAAAAUGGAGCUGGCGCUGGUGCCCCUGAGUGCCCACGGCAGCUUCUACGAGGGGGACUGUUACAUCAUCCUCUCGACCCGGAGAGUGGGCAGUCUCCUCUCCCAGGACAUCCACUUCUGGAACGGAAAGGACUCCUCCCAGGAUGAGCAGAGCUGCGCAGCCAUCUACACUACGCAGCUGGAUGACUACCUGGGGGGCAGCCCCGUGCAGCACCGGGAGGUCCAGUACCAUGAAUCCGACACCUUCCGCGGCUACUUCAAGCAGGGCAUCAUCUACAAGAAGGGGGGUGUGGCCUCUGGGAUGAAGCACGUGGAGACCAACACUUACGACGUGAAGCGGCUGCUACAUGUGAAGGGGAAGAGAAACAUUAGGGCCACCGAGGUGGAAAUGAGCUGGGACAGUUUUAACCGAGGUGACGUCUUCUUGCUGGACCUCGGGAAGGUCAUCAUCCAGUGGAACGGCCCAGAGAGCAACAGUGGGGAGCGCCUGAAGGCUAUGCUUCUGGCAAAGGAUAUUCGGGACAGGGAGCGAGGAGGCCGAGCUGAAAUAGGAGUGAUCGAGGGAGACAAGGAGGCAGCCAGCCCGGAGCUGAUGAAGGUCCUUCAGGAUACCCUCGGCCAACGCUCCGUUAUCAAGCCUGCUGUCCCCGACGAGAUCAUAGAUCAGCAGCAGAAAUCAAACAUCACAUUGUAUCAUGUCUCGGACUCAGCCGGGCAGCUGUUGGCCGCGGAGGUAGCAGCGAGGCCUCUGGCGCAGGACUUACUGAACCACGACGACUGCUACAUCCUGGACCAAAGUGGAACCAAGAUCUAUGUGUGGAAAGGAAGAGGAGCCUCGAAGGCUGAGAAACAGACAGCCAUGUCUAAAGCCCUGAACUUCAUCAAGAUGAAGGGCUACCCUAGCAGCACCAACGUGGAGACCGUCAGCGACGGUGCCGAGUCAGCCAUGUUCAAGCAGCUGUUUCAGAAGUGGUCGGUGAAGGACCAGACCGUGGGCCUGGGGAAAACGUUUAGCAUCGCUAAAGUUUUCCAGGAUAAAUUUGAUGUGACCCUGCUGCACAGCAAACCAGAGGUAGCGGCCCAGGAAAGAAUGGUCGACGAUGGCCACGGAAAAGCUGAGGUGUGGAGGAUUGAAAACCUGGAGCUGGUCCCCGUGGAGUGCAAGUGGUACGGCUUCUUUUAUGGGGGAGACUGCUACCUGGUUCUCUACACGUACGAGAUGAACGGGAAGCCACAUUACAUCUUGUACAUCUGGCAGGGCCGCCACGCCUCACAGGAUGAGCUGGCAGCCUCGGCAUACCAGGCGGUGGAGGUGGAUCGGCAGUUUGACGGGGCCCCUGUACAGGUUCGGGUUACCAUGGGGAAGGAGCCACGUCACUUCAUGGCCAUCUUCAAAGGAAAGCUGGUUAUCUUUGAGGGCGGGACUUCCAGGAAGGGAAGUGCCGAGCCUGAUCCUCCAGUGAGGCUCUUCCAGAUUCACGGAUAUGACAAAUCUAACACCAAAGCGGUGGAGGUUCCAGCCUUCACCUCCUCCCUAAACUCCAACGAUGUCUUUCUGCUGCGGACCCAGACAGAGCACUACCUGUGGUACGGCAAGGGGUCUGGUGGGGAUGAGCGGGCAGCGGCUAAGGCGCUGGCCGGGUUUCUCUGUGAUGGCACCGAGAGCACGGUGGCUGAGGGCCAGGAGCCGGCUGAGUUCUGGGACCUGCUGGGAGGGAAAACUCCCUACGCCAAUGACAAAAGCUCGCUUCCUCUAAAUGGACUGUAUUGCAGACUACAGCAGGAAAUCCUAGAUGUCCAGCCCCGUCUCUUUGAAUGUUCCAAUAAGACUGGCCGGUUCAUUGUCACUGAGAUCACAGACUUCACCCAGGACGACCUGAACCCAGGUGAUGUAAUGCUCCUGGAUACGUGGGACCAGGUGUUCUUAUGGAUUGGGGCUGAGGCCAACGCCACAGAGAAGGAGCGAGCGCUCGCUACAGCCCAGGAGUACCUGCUCACUCACCCCGGUGGCCGAGAUGCUGGCACGCCAAUCCUCAUCGUUAAACAGGGCUUCGAGCCUCCCACCUUCACAGGCUGGUUCUUGGCCUGGGACUCUCACAUUUGGAGCGCAGGGAAAUCAUACGAACAGUUAAAAGAAGAGCUGGGAGACGCUGCUGCUAUCAUAAGAAUCACUGCUGGCAUGAAGGACACAACCCUCUCCCUGAAUUCUGAGCCAAAAUAUUACCCCAUAGAAGUUCUGCUGAAAAAUCAGAAUCAGGAGCUGCCUGAGGAUGUGAACCCUGCCAAAAAGGAGAAUUACCUCUCUGAACAGGACUUUGUUUCUGUGUUUGGCAUCACAAGAGGGCAAUUUGCUGCUCUGCCUGGCUGGAAGCAGCUCCAGAUGAAGAAAGAAAAGGGGCUUUUCUGAGGCAAGAAGGCAUCUGCCCAUUACAAGACCAUAGAAGACAGCAGAUAGUGCCAGUAUCAGGAAAGAAUUUAUCUACUAAUUUUUCCCUAACAUCCAGCUGCUUAAUGUAGAUGUAGUAGGGUCUGCAAAUCACAGCAUGGUCUGCAUUUCUCUCAUUCCUGCAGUCCUUAGUUGUUAUAUGCCUAGAAUGUUAACUACUGACUUUGUGGUUUUUGUGGCCUUCUGGCUCAAGCCUCAGCAGAAAGCACUAAAACUGCAUGAAUCUGAAGAAGUCAAAAGUAAGAGAACAAAAAAACUAAGUUUUAAGUGUUUAAUAUUGGGGCAAGAACCUAAGUUUGCUUUAACUUUUAAGAUCGAUAUAUUGCCUAUUUAACCCACAAAUCACUGAAGUUAUUCACAUAUAUACCCAAAGUCAAAAUCUAAAUGCUCAGAUCUAAAUGUGCCAGAGAGUUUUAAAUUUUCAAAUAAAAAUGCCUGUAUUAGCAAAUGGAAGUCCUUUCAGUAUUUUGGGUCUGCCUGUUAUGGUAACUAUUUUGUUAUGUUGGGAGAAAUGUCUCAAACAGGGAAGCAAAGAGGCACUGCUGAAUGAGCUCUCUGGAUAACUGGAAUUCCUGUUUCUGGAACAAGAAUGCUGAAAUCUGCCUUACAGCUGUCCAGGAAACCUCAGACCCCACCCAUCCACACCCCACUAUCCAGAAGAGAAACAGGGCUAUGUGUUAUUAAUUUCAGUAAUGAGGCCAGAACCCGUGUGUGUACCACUACAGAGAGCCCUCAGAGCACGCUACAGACAUCAACACAUGGACAUUUUCCAGGCAACUCCAAGUUUAAGUCAACAAUUCCAAAGGAAUCCAUGUGGCACAAGUAAUGUAACCAGGGAAGCUCCAGGAUGGAAGCACAGCCCAAAGCAUCACAAACCAAAGCCGAAGAAGAGAGUUCUAUGUCACAGGAGGAGCAGGCUAGAAGGGGCUAGUUGUGUUAGGGGCACGGUCAUAAAUCUGGGUUGAAGCAGCAGCAGGCAGCUGGUAAUGCCCGUUCUCCCAGACGCUCAGGCACUUCAAUAAGGCCCACCUGUUGUUUUCUAAAA